AUGAACUGGCUAUCUUCCUUGGGAAUAUUCUAUGUAAUUUCCUUAGUUCUAUGCUCAAUUCUCCUAGCCUACUCUCUCGGAAAAUUGAGAAACAAGUCUUCUGAGAGGCUUCUUCCACCAGGGCCAACCAGUUGGCCCAUUGUCGGGAACCUUCUUCAGCUAACCCAAUUGCCUCAUAGGGACCUGGCUUCUUUGUGCCAAAAAUAUGGGCCUUUAGUGUACCUCCGGCUAGGAAGUGUUGACGCCAUCACCACCGACGAUCCAGAGAUUAUCAAGGAAAUUCUGGUCCAUCAAGACGACGUUUUCGCCUCCCGGCCGAGGACUCUUGCCGCCGUCCAUCUGGCCUAUGGAUGCGGAGAUGUGGCAUUGGCUCCGCUCGGCCCAAAAUGGAAGAGAAUGAGGAGGAUUUGCAUGGAGCAUUUGCUAACUACAAGGAGGCUGGAAUCGUUUGCAAGACAUCGGGCCGAGGAGGCCCAGCAUCUUGUUCAGGAUGUUUGGACCAAGGCCCAGACAGAAGGCAAAGUGAAUUUGAGGGAAGUGCUUGCUGGAGAAAACGGGCAAAGACAAAUGGAUGAUACUGAAAUUAAAGCACUAAUUCAGGACAUGAUAGCUGCUGCCACAGACACAUCAGCCGUGACCAAUGAAUGGGCAAUGGCGGAGGUGAUCAAGCAUCCACAUGUCCUCACGAAGAUCCAAAAAGAGCUUGAUGAUGUAGUAGGAAGAGAUCGAAUGGUUUUGGAAUCGGAUUUAGUCCACCUGAAGUACCUACGAUGUGUUGUGCGUGAAACUUUUAGGAUGCAUCCGGCAGGUCCUUUCCUCAUUCCACACGAAUCAGUACGGGCCACCAAGAUCUACGGGUAUUAUAUCCCGGCCAAGACACGGGUUUUUAUCAACACGCACGGGCUUGGCCGGAACACAAAGAUAUGGGACCAAGUGGAAGAGUUCAGGCCUGAAAGACAUUUACCUGCGGAUGGAAGUAGAGUGGAAAUUAGCCAUGGAGCUGACUUCAAGAUCUUGCCGUUCAGUGCAGGGAAGAGGAAGUGCCCCGGGGCACCACUUGGGGUAACUCUGGUGCUAAUGGCGUUGGCUCGGCUUUUUCAUUGCUUUGAUUGGAGCCCUGCUGAUAAGUUAAGGCCCGAAGAUAUUGAUACCACAGAGGUUUACGGUAUGACCAUGCCGAAGGCCAGGCCUCUGGAGGCCAUCGCCCGGCCACGCCUGUCUUCCCAUCUAUACCGCUAA